UUUAAUCGUUGCCCCUCAAAUCAUUAAUGGCAUCUUCUCCAAAUAUUGUAGUUUUCUUGCAUUAUAGUAGUAGUUGUCUCUUCCAACACCAAACAUUAUAAUUUGUUGUUUCUAUCUCCCUUUUCAAUCUUGACGACUUAAUUGUUUAAAGCAAAGUUGAUUGAAGAUAAAAAUGACUCAAGCUUUAUGUGGUAGUGAUCAUGAAUUUGAGGUGAAGUUCAAGUCUUUGUUGUACAAGAUGUUCUGGGAUUUCGGCUUGGGUUGUGUUAUCCCCCGCCGCGAGAAGAGUCUGGAUCACAACAAGGCGUGGUUACUGGCGGAUGCCGGCGGCUGCGCGGCGGAGGAGCCGCACUCGGUUCACUCCUCUUUUAGGUUCAGCUUGUGCUCUCAGGUUGAGCUGGAUUCCAUGACUCUGAAUAAAAGCAACACUGCUGCCACAGUUUUAAUGGUGAAUUUGUGUAAAUCACAAGAUUUGAAAUGGAAAAGAAUUGAGUCUUUGGAGAGAAGAAGGGCAAAUUCUCUGAUUAGGUUCAGCUACGCUGAUAUUCUCUCCGCCACCAGAAAUUUCUCCAAAGGUAGAGUGUUGGGGAGAGGGGCGUUGAGCUGUGUGUUUAGAGGGAGAUUGGGAUUCAUGAGGACUGCAGUGGCGAUCAAGAGGUUGGAUAGGGAAGAUAAGGAGGCUUCGAAGGCGUUUUGCCGGGAAUUGAUGAUUGCUAGCUCUUUGCAUAACCCUCACAUUGUUCCACUGCUAGGCUUUUGUAUGGAUGCUGAGAUGGGCUUGUUUUUGGUGUACAAGUAUGUCUCCGGUGGAAGCUUGGACCGAUUUUUGCAUGAGAAGAAGAGGGCUGUGACUGUGAAGGGUAGUCCGGCUCUUCCAUGGCCGGUUAGGUACAAGGUGGCCGUUGGGAUUGCUGAGGCAAUCAACUACUUGCAUAAUGGAACGGAAAGAUGUGUUGUUCAUAGGGAUAUAAAGCCCUCUAACAUCCUCGUUUCCUCUAAGAAGACGCCUAAAUUGUGUGACUUUGGCUUGGCAACGUGGACUUCUGCGCCCUCGGUACCAUUCCUAUGCAAAACUGUCAAAGGAACGUUCGGGUACCUGGCUCCCGAAUAUUUCCAGCACGGGAAAGUGUCGGAUAAAACUGAUGUCUAUGCCUUUGGCGUCGUGCUCUUGGAACUCAUUACUGGUAGGAAACCGAUCGAGUCUAGCAGAGGGCCGGGAGAAGAGAAUUUGGUUCAGUGGGCAAAGCCCCUGCUGCAGCAAGGAGGUGUAGAAAAGCUGCUAGAUCCACGGCUAGGAUUCACCCCGAAGAGCAUGAGUCAAGUCACGCGGAUGGCACGAGCUGCGGCCGCUUGCAUAAACAACGAGUUGAGGAGGCCCGAGAUGGGAAAGAUUGUCACAAUAUUGAAGGGAAAAGAAUCCACGUUCUUAACCAGAAGCAACACUCUUCGUAACAGUGGUGUGACCGAUUCUCACCGCGAAUUGUUGCAAACGAAGACUGAUAUGAAGAAUCAUUUUGCGUUGGCCAUGCUCGGGGUCGAGCUUGACGACGAAGACAGCCUUUAUCGUUGGUGAUACAUCGGCCUCACAUUUCUCAGUUUAGGUUGAUUUUUGUACGGAAAGCCAACUUGAAUGCAUAGGAAGUGGCUUAAUUUGA